UAUUUACAGGAAAAAUAAAUUACAAUCCAUUACUACUAACUAGUUUUGUAAUCUUAUCGUUUUUGUAUAUCCAAUGAGUCCACGAGUAAAUGUAUUAGCAUAAAACUUUUCGUAUUUAAAUACUCCAUCAAAAUAUUCUUUCUGUUAAAAGCAUUCAUACUCUGUAAUCAGUAUGAGGGUUGCUUUUGUAUUUACAUUUUUACUUUUUGGCUCUUUUGUUCGUACUCAAAGUGAUGAAGACAUUGAUGGUCCCAUUGUCAAUAGUGAAGAUCGUCAAGAAAAUAAAUUGAGUAAGCAAUUCGAAGAGAAUUUAAAAUGCAGCGAAUUAGAAGAAUAUAGUAGAUGUAAUGCCAAUCCAUCUUGUGAAAGGACUUGUGAAAAUUUCAAUAAAGAUUCCAUGGUGGAGAGUCCGUGUUUUAAACUUAACUCAUGUAUAGAAGGAUGUGUGUGUAAAAAAGAUCACAUGCGUUUACCAUUUAAUGGACAUUGCGUUCAUCACACACAAUGUGAAAUUUAUAAAAAGAAUUAUUAAAUAUUAAAUUAAUUUCACAAUAAACAAUGAAGAAGUUGUUUAAAAAUGAUUUUUAUUUAUUGA